UAGGCUCGAUCAAUUAGUAAUCAUUUUUGUUUCCGGACUUUGAUUACAUUUUUCAUGUGAUUACACUAUUUAUCUAUCUUCGUAUCUUUGCUCCAAAUCAUCUUAUUUCCUGCUGUCUUUAAAUGUCAAAUUGUUCAUUUCCGCAAAGAAAAUAUGUUGUUUUUUUUUCUAUAGUUCUUAGCAUUAUAUGACAAAAAAAUACCAGCAAACUGCCUUCAGUGAAUUGGAUGGUCCAAAAUUCUUUUUUUUUACCAUCAGCGAAUUGGAUGAGCGAUUAUCUUACUUUUCUUUCAAAUUAAAUUUACACCCGCGUUUACUUCAAAGAUGUUAAGUCCAUUCCAAAAAUCAGAAGAAAGAGACGAAAGCUUCAAUAGGUUAAGCACCGAUACUUACAUUGGAAAACGAGGCGUCACCCUCAAAGCUGCAUCUAUGGACAACCCAUCAAACUUGGAUUCAAAUCCGAGCGAAAUUGACCCCGUACCCAGCAAAACAGCCAGCGCUGUAGGGCUAGUUGCCGGAUACAGUCCUGGUCAGGCCAAAAGAGUCUCUUCUGAAUUUUUGGACCCAAAUUUGACCCCCAUGCCGUCCCCCUCUCCAUCAUAUGUGCACCAAGAUGGGAACGAAAACCGACACUUGCGUAACACGACCAAUCCAUAUGCUCCAUUGGUCAAGUCUAAAACUGUGUCGUGCGGGUCAUCGCUGUAUAACAAAAACCCAAAGCUGAAAAAUUUUGGCGUGCAAAAAACGGGAGAUGGGCUUCACGAGCUUUCAUUUAAAGUACCCUCUCAACCUGUCAUUGCCCAGCCGAUGUUUUCUAACUCAAUUCAGAAUGCUGGCUGUUCGCCCAGUCGAGAAGUCGGCAAAGUGAAUGCUAGAUUCAGGAGAGCCCCAUCAAGAGCAGCAUCUGAGUACAUUCCAGGUCUUGCGGCUUCAAGAAGCAAGAUGUUACGCAAUGACUCCAAGGCAUCCUAUCGGUCUAUCAGCCCAUUAGGCCGAGUGAACACUCUGAAAGACGCCAGCUUCACUGGCUCCUUGGAGAACUACGAGGGAAUGAAGGGCAUUCGGCCGACCAACUCCGUUCCAGACUUCAAUACUUCAAUGCGUGACAAACAGAGCCAGGCACAUGCCAGCUACAGACUGGGAUUCAGACGGUCUCUGUUUGAGAAGAGGAAGCAGUUGUGCGACCUCGCGCUCAUCCUAGCCGCACUGGGCAUUGUGUUGAUGGUGUUGGACAAUGAGUUGUACACGUUCCAGUGCCGAUACAGCGAUGAUCCAGAGCACAGUGUGUACUGGAGUGGAAGUCUGAUAGUGAUCAAAUUGAGCAUCAGUCUCACCACCCUCAUGCUAGUGGCCAGCAUCAUCGCUUACCAUGCCAGAGAAAUACAGCUGUUCAUGGUGGACAACUGUGUGGAUGAUUGGCAGAUAGCCCUCACGUCAGACAGAAUCAGUCAGAUCACAGCAGAGAUAGUCGUCUGCUCCAUCCACACUCCCCCCAUUAGAAACAUGAAUGAAGAUUACGUCACAUUUCAACUACUGUUGUCUACUUUGAUGUUCUCCCGGCUGUAUUUGAUAGGUCGUGCAAUGCUUCUGCACUCGAAGCUGUUCACAGAUGCCUCCUCCCGUAGCAUAGGGGCCCUGAACCGGAUCAACUUCAACACUAGAUUCGUGAUCAAGACCCUCAUGACCAUCUGUCCAGGGAGUGUCAUGAUGGUACUCACUGUCUCCCUCUGGUUCAUACUCAGCUGGAUCAUGCGGAUAUGCGAACAAUCAGCAGCCGGGGAUGGCGAGAAGCCACUUCUGGCUACUUUCCUCGAUGCCAUGUACUUAGUGGGCAUCACUUUCUUCGCCAUUGGCUACGGGGACUACUACCCUGUCACCUACUGUGGGAGAGGAGUGAGCAUCACGUGUGGACUCAUGGGUGCUGGAUGUACUGCGAUGGUGGUUGCAGUUCUGGCGAGGAAACUGGAGCUGUCGAGGGCAGAGAAACACGUGCACAAUUUCAUGAUGGACAACCAGCUGUCAAAACGGUUGAAGUGUGCUGCGGCUAAUGUGCUGCGGGAGACUUGGUUCAUCUACAAGAACACCAAAUUGGCAAAGAAGCUCAACCACAGGGUCAUCAGGAAACACCAGCGCCUUUUCCUCAGUGCUAUACACACACUUCGGAAGACAAAAAUUGAUCAACGCAAACUGUUCGACCAAGCAAACCAAAUGGUAGAUUUAGCCAAGACACAAGAAAUCAUAUCACAAAUCUACGAACAAAUGCAGGAAAAUAAUGAAACCUUAGAAGCUAGAAUGAACUUAAUAGAACAGAAAUUAGAAUCACUUCACACAACUCUGACCCAAUUUUCAACCUACUUAGUGUCCGUCGCAAAUAUAAACUCAUCGCUGCAAAAUCAGUCAGCCAAUCACAAUCAUUCAAGUUACAUGGAAAACUCCGAUGGAAAUUACCUAACAAAUCCAAAUGGAGAAGGGGGCGGAGUUUCGAUCCCCGCACCCUCCGUUCCGCCUUUACUUUAUCAACCAGCCUCGACAGCGACGAGAACACGAAGUUUAAUGCGUAGACCACGAGUUGUAUCGUCUCGCCAGGGUUCUGACGUCAGCGAAACGACCGCUUGAUUACGUAAUUCUUAUUAAAAUUGCGCAAUUUUCUCAGUUUAUGUGCAAUCACAGUGCCAAAAUUCAAAUUGAAAUUUCAAUGGUGCAAUAUCUUGUUUUUGCAAUAAUAUUUAUUUGAUUUAUAAAUAAAAAACAAAUUGUCAGUGAUUUUUUUAAAAUAUGAAAGCCACAAGUUUUUUUAAAUUAUGGCUAUCACCUAAAUUUAGUUUUAGAGUCAAUUGAGUACAUAUUUUUUUCA